CAUCGAGAGGAUGAGAACAGAGGAGUACCGCACCGACUGAACAGUAAAUGAAUUCCCUACGCUUUUCUAGCCACACUCCAAACUCAAGGCUAGCGGAUCUUUACAGAGCUUCGUUUGCUGCUGCUAAUCCACGAAACUCUGGAAUUCGCCAGGUGGGGAUGCUCAAAGCACAAAACUUGCGGUGACUCCCACACCACUCCGCACCUGCCUGUCUCUGCGCGGAAACCUGACCGGAACCAGCCCUGGACGCCGUACUUGUGGGUUCGAAUUAUACAUGUGAUUUCCAAAACCUUAUAGCCAGAUUUGUUCCACCUCUGUUUCCUACUCUGCAAAAUAGGGAGAACUGAUCAUCUGAGUUGGAAGAAUUAGGUAAAAUCGUGGGUGAGAAAGAACUCAAACCGCCGUAGUCUUCGACCUGAAGAGGGCGGGGCUGGGGCAUCGAUCGCUCGGCGCUCCUCUAGGCUCUCGUCGCGAUCAGCCGAGUCGGGAGUGAUCGAUGCUCCCUGGUGUAGUUCCUGAGAACGAGGCCAGCCGUGGAAUCUUCGCCCUGGCGGAAUCAGUCGUCACCAGCGAUGAGGAGUAGCCCAGUCCAAGCGUCAGAGAGGUGCUAAUCAUGUCGGAGGACACUAAGGGUCCUACAGAGCCCCUGGUGGGGUCCAGCACCCUCUGGAAGGACCUCAGGGUACUCCUGCCUGAUACAGAGGAAGAGCUGAAGCUGGACCUCAGUGAGAAGGUGGACAGGAGCGUGACUAUGCUGCUCCAGCAGGCUGUGGGGCUGUUCUAUGCAGGACAUUGGCAGGGGUGCCUGCAGGCCAGUGAGGCCAUCCUGGACUACUCCUGGGAGAAGCUCAACACUGGGCCCUGGCAGGAUGUGGACAAGGAAUGGCGCCGCGUGUACUCCUUCGGCUGCCUCCUGAAGGCCCUGUGCCUGUGCCAGACACCGCAGAAGGCCACCGCAGUGGCUGAGGCACUGCGGGUGUGUGACAUGGGCCUGUUGAUGGGGGCAGCGAUCCUUGGAGACAUUCUUCUCAAAGUCGUCACAGUCCUCCAGUCACACCUGCUCCCAGGAAAGCAGCCUGCCUGUGGCCCCCACCAGGACCAGCCUGCUACCAAGAAGGCGAGGUGUGACUCCAACUCAGCUCCUGGUGUGGUGGUAGAGCGGGCAGUACCCAGGCUUCACUGCCCAACCCUGCAAUACUUCAGGAAGCACUUUCUAGUUCCUGGGACACCUGUGAUCUUGGAAGGUGUGGCUGACCACUGGCCGUGCAUGAAGAAGUGGAGUCUGCAGUACAUCCAGGAGAUUGCUGGCUGCCGCACUGUCCCUGUGGAAGUGGGUUCAAGGUACACAGACAAAGACUGGUCCCAGACCCUCAUGACCGUCAAUGAGUUCAUCCACAAAUACAUCCUGAGCGAGGCAAAGGACAUUGGGUACCUUGCUCAGCACCAACUAUUCGAUCAGCCUUCCAAAUGCCGGAAUUACAGCUAUGCACCAACAAAGAUCCCAGAGUUGAAGCAGGACAUCAGCAUCCCUGAUUACUGUUGCCUGGGCAAUGGGGAAGAGGAAGAGAUCACUAUCAAUGCCUGGUUUGGUCCCCAAGGAACCAUCUCACCACUGCAUCAUGACCCCCAGCAAAACUUCCUGGUCCAGGUGCUAGGAAGGAAGUACAUCCGGCUAUAUUCCCCGCAGGAGUCCGAGGCAGUGUACCCUCAUGAGACGCACCUUCUUCACAACACCAGCCAGGUUGAUGUGGAGAACCCUGACCUGGACAAGUUCCCCAAGUUCGCUGAGGCCCCAUUCCUGUCCUGUGUCCUGUCCCCAGGAGAGACCCUCUUUAUACCUGCUAAGUAUUGGCAUUACGUGCGCUCCUUGGACCUGAGCUUCUCAGUCAGCUUCUGGUGGUCAUAGCCAGGGCCGGAGUGUGCAGGACCCACUGGAUGACACCUCACCCAGAGAAAGUGAGCCCGGGGGAAGGCAUAGGCCCUGGAUUCCGCUAGAUCCCAACAGUCCUGCUCCCCAGCCACUCUCUGUAGGACUCGUGUGGGGCAGAGCUGCUGCGUGUACCUAGACCAUCCAGGUCACAGAUGCUUCAUUUCUUUUCUUUGUAACUUAAAUUUUUUCAAUAACAUAAAUAAAAAUAUUUUCUGAAUUUAAAAAA